GGGCAAAGUCUCAGGGAUCGGGUGAAUCUGAUUUGCUGGGAGGACACACAGGCUCCAGCUGCAGGCGGAGCAGCUGAGCCGGGCAGUGUGUGUGUCUGUGUGUGUGUUUGUGUGUGUGUGGACACAUGCAGCAUGUAGCCGGGGGCCGGAGGAUCACUGAUGUUCGGUGCGUAUUUACCAGCUUUAACCCAUUGAAGAGCGAUGCUGUCAGAGCCUGUGUGUGAACCCGUGUGACUCUCGCUGCUGUCUGCGUCAUGGUCCUUUCAGCCCGUCCUCUCUCUGUCUCUGCCGUGGCCCAGCGUCUCCUCCCGACCGCCGCACUCCCCCAGCCCCGGUGACCCGCUCCAGCCAUGGGUGGGAGUCUGGGCUGCCACCGCUCCAUUCCCAAGGACCCCACGGACUUCAGCUGCGGGAAGCGCAAAUUCAGCGCGGCGUGCAACUUCGGCCACAUCCUGGUGAACCAGGAGCGACUGAACAUCAACACUGCCACCGAGGAGGAACUCAUGACUCUGCCGGGAGUCAACCGCACUGUUGCGCAGAACAUCGUGGAGUACCGGGACUGUAUCGGCGGGUUUAAGAAGGUGGAGGACCUGGCACUGGUCAGCGGCAUCGGAGCCACCAAGCUGGAGGUGAUCAAACUGGAAAUCUGCGUGUCCAGCAGGACCAGCUCGUCCCAGCACUCCCCGUCCUCCCUGCGCAAAGACCUGGAGCACCAGCCCUGCACCGGGAUUAAUAUCAACACCGCCACCCCGGCGCAGCUCAUGAGCAUCCGCGGCAUCACGGAGAAGAUAGCCAAGAACAUCGUGGGCUACCGGGCGGAGAACGGCCCGUUCAAAAACAUCGAGGACCUGGUGAGGGUCACCCACAUCAACAGCUCCCUGCUGGACAGGAUCCGCUUCCAGGUGUACGUGGAGCGCUCCAGGGCGCCGUCCACCAACACCAACGGGGGGCUGACCUGCACCAAGUCCCACCCGAGCCCGACCUCACUCAGCUUCAGGAGCGACGACCUGGACCUCCCGCCCGGAGGACCGACCCAGAUCCUGUCCGUGCGGCCCAACUUGGAGCCCCCGCCGGGGUUGCGGGACGGGAAGCCCGUGGUGCGCCUGGGCACCUGGAGCCUGCAGGGCUGCUCCUGUGACAAGGCCAACAACCCGGGGGUCAAAGAGGUGGUGUGCAUGACCCUGCUGGAGAACGACAUCAAGUUACUGGCCGUGCAGGACCUUCUGGAGCGGGAGGCUCUUGAUAAGUUCUGUGUGGAAUUAAACCAGGGUACACUGGCCAGCAUACGGAAGUGGAAGUGGCCACGAGGGCUGUGGAAAAGUGUUGUGUCUGAAAAACCCACUGGACACUCCAGUAAGGGAGUGAGCUACUCUGGUUUUCUGUGGGACAGCUCGUCCGGUAUUGACCUGAAGGACGCUUCUGUCUUGGACGCUCCUGUUGUCAAUGGCAAUGGGCAUCACACCUACCCUCUCCUCUACUUGGCUCACUUUAUUGUUGGUUCAUACGAACUGACAGUGGUGAACGUUCACAUGCAGGCCACAGCUUCACCAGGAGAAUCAAACGGAAAGAACCACAGCACAGAAGAAGUCAAAUGUCAGCGCCUCUCGCCGAGUAUCCAGGAGACACUCAAAGCUGAGAGGGAGUUGCUGGUGCUGGGAGAUUUCGGCUCCCCCCCUCAGAGCUCCGAGCUGGACAUACUGAGAAAAGAGAAACUCUGUGCCCUGAUACCAUCCACCCAGUUCACCAACAUCAGCACCCGCUCACCACAGGGCACCCAAUGCCUGGACAACAUCUGGGUCAGCCGCUCCCUCAAGAAGCUCUGUUCCGGCCACAGCAUGGUCGUGCGGGAGGGCUUGACCAACCCCUGGAUCCCAGAUAACUGGUCAUGGGGCGGCGUGGCGUCAGAUCACUGCCCUGUGGUGGCUGAGUUUUAUGCAGACGUGUCCCCUAAGGAGCUGAGCAGGCCUGGUAUGGUGGCGGUGGACAGAAGAGACAUUAUGCCCAAACAUGAACGGUGACAUCAUCCACAGUGACACUAGAGACUGUGGUGGAUGACAUUAGAAUGACUUUGUCCUGUCUGGAUCCUGCUCUGUCUUGUUGGGACAUGGAAUUAAAGAGCGUCCUGAUGAAUGUGAAGAAGCGCCAAGACUGCCUUUUGCGUUUCCGUUUAUCAGUGUAUGAUAGUGACUGGUAAGUCAUAGAACAACACAAAUGCUCAGACAAAAUAAUGUACUAAUUCAAGAAAUGUGCCAACCAUUUUCUAUAUGUAAAUGAAAUAAAGACAAAUUGAUAGAUGCUCCUGCAGUGUCUGAAUAAUAAUCAUUAAUGCAAAUAAGUGCAGUAUCCAUACAUAAGGGGCCAGACUCAUCAGAGGCCUGUGAUUGGAGAGGAAGAUAACGUCUCAGCCUCAGAGCUCAUGAAGGCUUUGCUCUUAAAUUAUGUACGUGAGGCCGCUUUGUGCACGUGUGUGCUGCCGUGUUCCUCUGUGCUGGAGAUGAGGUGACACGGCAGAGGACACUGCUGUUCUCUCAGCUGCUCAUCAACCACAGUGAUGCUUUCGAUGAUUAUUUACCCGUUCUGUUUUAAUAUAUACACUAGUCUUCACCAAUUAAGAAAAAUAUGACAUUAAACAUGAAGAGACUGCUACUGUAAGUGAUAUUAUACUGAGGGAGACCAUACAGUAUUUGUUGGUCAUUGUACACAUGUGGAAAAUACAGAUACUUUAGCUCUGGUUAAGAGCCAGUAAGUGAGAUUGGUUGAUUACGUGUCACAUUUGAUUCCUUUUAAUAAACUCAGCCCUGGUCUGACAUCUUUUCAAGUAAUUUAUCACGGCACAAUUCUUUAGUUCUUUUCUACAUGAAAUACUUUAAGAUGUGUUUUUGUAGUUUGGAAGGAUCAGAUGACCUGAUUUCCAUCAAGUUAUGCCAUUCAAAUGUUGUACCCUUUUCAAAAAAUAAAUCAAAUUGUAUUUUC